AUGACUGAAUUCAUCCAAAAUAUAUUAAAGAGUGCUGGCCCGAACGGCGUCGUCGUGUUCAGCAAGACCUAUUGCCCAUACUGUGCCAACGCUAAAGAUGAUCUUUCAAGCAUCGGGAUUGCCCCCAUCAUUGUGGAACUUGACAGGCGAUCCGAUGGUGAAGACAUCCAAGCGGCUUUGUUACGAAUGACUGGCCAACGAACAGUACCAUCGGCUUGGGUAAACGGAGUCCAUAUUGGUGGUAGCAGUGAUGUCUACCAUCACGUUCAUCAAGGUGGUUUGUUCCGUAACAGAAAACAGAUCUUCGCCGCAAGGAAAUAUGCCGAGCAUUCAGGAAUACAACAUUGCGGAGCCGAGAAUGGAACACCAUGCAUCUAUCUCGGUGAUUCGGACUAG